AGAACCCGAAGUAAACUUCUCUAAUAGUUGAUAGGGUGAAUUUCACUAAAUUUUGUCAAGACAUGAAUAUGUGCGAAAGUUAACUAAAAGUUAUGACUUCGUUAGUACGAUAAAAUCAAAAUGUCACUAUGAGCCCAUCUUGCUCAUUGUAACAAGAUGAUUAAGAAAAAUAUGAUUUUUUAAAGUUUACUUUUGAAUUUUUUUUCUUUUCAUGGUGUGCAACUGGUAAACUGUAACUAUGAAGUCAGUGUCACAUAAUUAGAAUGGAUGAAGGACGAAAUCCAUCAACAUCCAAUUCAGAUUCAAGCAGUGCAGCCAUAGAUAGUUCUUCCUGUUUUGAGAGUAUAUUCCGCAGAAGGGCUACUCAAAGAAAAGGAAUAAAGUACAGAAAAGUUUUGGUCAGUCAUGCUUUAUCAGGAUCCCAUUCUUCCAAAAAUCAUCCCCAUUAUGGCUAUGCCAAUAAUAGGAUAUGCACUACAAAAUAUAGUCUUCUUUCUUUUAUACCUAAAAAUUUGUUUGAACAGUUUCAUAGGUUUGCAAAUUUGUAUUUCCUUGGUAUUGUGCUCUUGAAUUGGUUACCUCAGAUAAAUGCUUUUGGAAAGGAAAUUUCUAUGAUACCUGUAGUUUUUGUGCUUGGAGUAACUGCUGUGAAAGAUGCAUUUGAAGAUUAUCGCCGUUACUUGUCUGAUAAGAGAGUCAAUAACUUGACAUGUAGAGUGUACAGCUGGGAAGAUGGACGAUAUGUUAAAACCUUAUGGCAACAUGUUCAAGUUGGAGACAUAGUUCAUCUUUCUUGCAAUGAAAUCAUACCUGCUGACAUAGUGCUGCUGAGGUCUAGUGAUGACCAAGGGUUGUGUUUUAUAGAAACUGCUAAUCUUGAUGGUGAAAGUAACCUCAAGCAGAGGCAGGUGGUCCGAGGAUAUGCUGCCAUGAGAGACAUUUUCCAUCCUACACACUUUAACAGCACCAUUGAGUGUGAUCCACCCAACAACAAAAUUCAUCAAUUUUCAGGAUACAUUAUCCACCAUAAUAAAGAAAAUGUUCCAGUGAAUAAAGAAAACCUACUUUUACGAGACUGUGUUGUGAAAAAUACAGAUUUUGUGGAAGGAAUAGUGGUUUAUGCAGGUUAUGAUACGAAGGCUAUGUUGAACAAUGGAGGACCAAGGUAUAAACGCAGUAAACUUGAAAAAUGUAUGAACCGUGAUAUUAUUUGGUGUAUAGUUAUCUUGGUAGUUUUGUGUUUUGCAGGAGCAACAGGGAGUAGUUUGUGGCUGUCAUCUUAUGAACAUCGAGAAAACAUAUCUUUCAUUCCAUUUGAGCAUAAGUAUUGGUUCAACCCUUCAGUAGAUGGUGUUAUUCAGUUUUGGACUUUUGUGAUAAUCCUUCAGGUAAUGAUACCUAUUUCGCUGUAUGUUACAAUUGAACUGAUCAAACUAGGACAAGUGUUUCACAUCCACCAUGAUGUAGAGUUGUAUGAUGAACACACUAACAAACGAAUAGAGUGUCGAGCACUUAAUAUUCCAGAAGAUCUUGGUCAGUUGCAGUUUGUAUUCUCCGACAAAACAGGAACACUCACAGAAAAUAAUAUGAUGUUUCGACGAUGUACAAUUGGGGGUGUUGACUACAACCAUCACACUUCAAAUUUAGCAGAUAAUACAAAACUAGAAGCUGGGGAUGAGUGGAAGGGUAUUGAAAAACAUUCCAAAAGUAAUAUGACCUUCAACCUCAAUCCACAGCUUCAAGAAGAACUGAACAAAUUGGAAGUACAACUAUUUGUGGAACCAAACUUGUAUAGGGAAAUAAGUCUAAGUGCAGAAAGCCAGCGCAUAAAAGAUUUUUUUUUAUUAAUGGCUGUUUGUAACACAGUUGUGGUGUCAAAGCACCCUCACAAAGAUCAGAUGACUGCCAGUGGUCUCUGUCUCAGUACAACACAUUUGUCAAGAUCAUCAUUAUCUAUUAAUGUAGGAGUGAAUACAUCUGAUGACGGUCUUAGUCAACAGUCUCAACAUGCUCGUUUGAUUGAUACAGUAGAAGGCACACCUCCAGAGUCAGGACAUUUUACUCCAUUUCAGAAACCACAAUAUUUUUCAGUUUCUGGAAGCUCCAGAUCCACCACCACACCCACAUCGACUCCAGUAUCAUCUGUGUUCCGUCCAAUAUAUGAGGCAGAAAGCCCUGAUGAAAUUGCUCUUGUAGAUGCUGCUUUCCAUUACAAUUUUCGACUCCUACAAAGAACACCUGAUUGUAUUGUUAUUGCUUUGCCUGGAGGUCUUCUUGAGUUUAAAGUUCUUCACGUGCUGCCUUUUGAUGCUACUCGAAAACGUAUGUCAGUACUUCUUGAACACCCAUUUACCAAAGAAAAAAUCCUUUACUGCAAAGGUGCUGAUUCAGCCGUACUACCACUUCUAGCUCCAGUAAACCAGCCAGAAAUUAAAGAGAUCAUUACGAAAACACAUCACCAUGUGAACAACUACAGCAAAAAAGGGCUUCGAAUUCUUUGUAUGGCCAAAAAGGUGCUCUCCCCAGAGGAAUAUGAACAAUGGUUAAGUUUGCAUACAGAUGCAGAAAUGUCUCUUAAUGAUCGAGAACAACGGGUUCAAGAUUCAGCCAGCUAUAUUGAACGAAACCUGGAGCUUUUGGGAGCCACAGGAAUUGAGGAUUGUCUUCAGGAAGGUGUUCCUGAAUGUAUUGCAUCCCUUCAAGCUGCUGGAUUGGUGGUUUGGGUUUUAACUGGAGACAAACAGGAAACUGCUGUUAACAUUGCUUAUUCGUGUCAGUUGUUUACUCCAGAUAUGGAAAUUCUCACUCUUAAUGCAAGAUCUAAGGUAAAUAUUAAUGAAAACAGUGACACAGAUACCGAUAAUGCUGUAAGUAAUGAUAAUACACAUGAUAUAGUGCAUGGGGACAGUGAUGAUGAUGAUGGUAGCCAAGGGGGUGUGGCUGAUGCUGAUCAUGAGUCGGUUAUUGGUGGUGAUUAUGACAAUCAUAUUCCAAUUUGGUGCCCAGCUUAUGCCAAAAGGCUUGGCCCUGUGAUUCCACCUUUGUCUGAUGACUGGGAUGUUUAUACUGGUAGAGACAACAACCCUGUGGUACCAGAGCAAGGCUUGGGUCAUAAUGUUGUUAUGAAACUGAUGGGCAGUAAUGGAUACUUGGACCUUGGCAACUAUUUAUAUGUUGAUAACUUCUAUUCCAGCCCUGACCUCUUUGAAACCCUCAAGGAACAGGGUACUGGUGUCUGUGGAACUGUGAGAUUGAAUAGAAGGGGACUUCUAGAAGAAAUUAGACCAGCAAGGUUACAGCUGAAGAAAGGUGAAGAUCCUGUUUAUUACAAAAAGGUGACUGUCACUCCACCUCUCUGUGAUCAGUUCCAGGGGUUGAUGUUGCGAUGUCCUGAAUUGGAUUAUUCUACAGAUUGUCAUUUCACGGGUCGAUCUGCUGGUGAUGCCUGCACUCCUACCUCUGUGCAGUCCUAUCUAGGGUUGGCCUCAAUAGUCAAAUUGGUCAAAGAAAAACUUAAUGUAAUGACUUUGGCAAUAGGUGAUGGUGCUAAUGAUGUCAGCAUGAUCCAGAAAGCUGAUGUUGGUGUUGGCAUUAGUGGGCAGGAAGGCUUGCAAGCUGUUAUGGCUAGUGACUUUGCUGUGACACGAUUUCGACACUUGGAACGUUUGUUAUUGGUUCAUGGACACUGGUGCUAUGAUAGGCUAGCUCGCACUGUAUUAUACUUCUUCUACAAAAAUGCUUCAUUCAUCUUUGUGAUAUUCUGGUAUCAGCUGUACUGUGGUUUUUCGGGGAUGGUAAUGAUAGAUCAACUUUACCUCAUGCUGUUCAAUGUUCUUUUCACUGCUUUGCCACCCCUGGUGUUUGGCAUUUAUGAUCAGGAUUGUCCUGCAGAUGUGUUGCUUCAGAAGCCUAGCCUAUAUUCACAAGGACGACACUGCUCAGUUUAUACCAAAUAUUCCUUCUGGUUAAACAUGUUGGAUGCACUCUAUCAGAGUGUAAUAAUCUUGUUUGUACCUGUACUGAGCUUCUAUGACAGUGAUCUGGGAAUGUGGGAAUUUGGAUCCACCAUCUUUACAGCAUGUGUGCUGGUGCAAUUGGCACAUUUAGCUGUUGAAACUAGAUCAUGGACAUCUCUCCAGCUGCUUGCCACAUUGCUGAGUGUUGCAGUUUAUUUAGGUUUUGCAGUCCUGUAUAAUGCCCUGUGUCUCGGUAGUUCAUUCCUACAGAACCCUUACUGGGUCAUGCAGCAUGUCAUGGCAACUGCACGAUAUUGGUUCACAGUUGUGUUAGUUCUAGUCAUUUCUUGUUUACCAAGAUUUGUUUUUUAUACCUUUAAAAAUAGUCUCUUCCCCUGUAAUGUCAUGGUUGCCCUUCAAGAAAAUAGAUAUAAACAAACCUGUUCUGUCUCUACCUCCUGCUCCCAAAGGUCUAGUGACUCUUCCAUAACAACUGUCAGACUUACUGGAAGUCAUGAAAUAGCACAAGAAGACCAUAAUUCAGAUAUCUACUCGGUUUCAACUACAGACAUUGUCUUAUUGGAUGAUUCUGACAUUGUUGUUGCAUAGCUGUGGCCUUCAUCCAAUCUGCCUUAGUAUUUUUUAGAAUAAUGUUGUCAAAAUGUAAGCUCAGUAGUAUACAUUUUAUAUAGUAUACAUUUUGGUAUUAAAUGAGAAGCUAUGUUUUAGUUGUUAAAUGUGAUUCAAAAAUAGAAUUUUUUGUUAAAGAUGAGAUCAUGAGUUAAGAAACAGUUUUGCAUAAAUUAACUAUUCCAUAUCAUUGUAUAAAGUCUCUAGAUUUGGUUGUUUUUUUAAAGAAAUUUUAUAUGUUUAAGAGUGGCUUUAGACUAAUUUAGUCUCAAUAAUAUAAAUCAAACUGAGUAUUUUGCAUAGAACAAUGAAAAUGUCUUGAAGAAUUGCAUAAGUGACAACAUGUAUGAUCUUUAAUUUUUACAGUGUAUUAUUUCUUCCCAAGAAAUUUUGAAAAGAGUGACAGUUUUCUUCUAAAAACAUGAAUAUGAGAAAUACGUAAAAUAUAAAAUAAAUUUUACUACUGAACAUGCGUAAAAUAUUAAUAUAUUCUACUGGCAACAGAAACUUAAGCUGACUGCUUAAAAUUAGCAAAAAAAAAUAUGAAACUACUAGUAUUAUUGCUUUGUGUUUUUAGUUGAAAAGGUUUCCAAAUGAGUAAUAUAAAGAUCCAAAACUCUGUAAUAAUUGGACCUGUUUUAAAUUUAACAGAUAUAUAAACUGAAUAAUCUGAAGUUCUUUUCUUAGCUAAUUAGCUUGUAAGAACAGCAUUAAACUUUCAGAGCUUAAACUGUGAUAGCAUUUAUCCUAUUUAUUAAUUAACUCUAAUUGUGUUUGUAAGAUUAGCUUUGAUUUUCCAGAGCUUAAACUAUGAGUAUUUAUCCAUUUCUUUAUAAAAUCUCUUCAAUAUUACAACUGCAGAAAACAAGAGUAAGUUGAAACUGUAAAUGGUUAAUGAUGCUAUUGAACAUUCUAAGCUGAAAAAUAUCUACUUAUCUGUGUUGUUUUAGUAGUUUUGUUUUUAUAUCUCUCUAAUUCUAAAUUGAAACACUUUUAAUUUAAUGUUAUUCGAAAAAGAAAUUAAAGUUGUUUUUAAAAUAUAAGGCACUCAACAAGUUGUUGUUAAGAGUAUGAAGCAGUAGUACUUAAUCUGUGUAUAUGUGAUCCUCAUAAAAAGUAAAUUUGUUCUUAAAGUGUAACUUUGUGUGUUAAGAAAAAAAGUUUAGAUCAGAGCUAACAAUAAUAUAUUAGCUAAGCAAUGAACAUAAGUUUCAUGUGCACAAAAUCAUUAUUAGUAUAGGUGUUAUCACCGUUUCCUGAAACAAAACACACUUUACAAAUGAAAAAGAUUGUUCUUCAGAGCUCUUUUCCAAGAAAUAAAAAAUAGUGAAUUUGGACCCAAACACUUACACGAGAAGGCCUAUCAUAUUGCAUUUUAUUCUAUACUGCUGUAUUUGUUAUACUUAAGCAAAAGGUAGUCUUAAGGUAAUAUCCAUUGUUUUUCUGUUCAGCAAACAUACUUGCAUAUAUAAUUCAUUAACCCACUGUUCUGUAAGUCAUAACAAGUUAAAAAUUUCUUAAUUUGCUAAACAAUUUUAUUAUAUCUCUUUAUUAUAAUAAUUAGACAUUCUAUUUAAAUAGUAUUAUCUCUGUUUGGUAUUACUUGCUCAACUUUUUCUUUAUGUUAUGUUUCUAGAAAUACAAAUAAGUAUUAAGAACUUUUUUAUGACUAGUAUUACUGGAAAGUAGAUUGUAGUGUAAUUUGAUUAUUUGAUGACAUAUAUUGGAUGUGUUUAUCAUAUUUUGAUAUAACAUACUAAAUAGAGAAACAAAGUGCCACAAAAAAAGCAGUUUCUAAUUAAAUAUGUUAUAGAAAAUUAACAUACAAUACUUUUUGUAUUUGAUGUCUUCUGUUUCCUGUCUUAGAAAAUCUUCAACUUGCUGUUUAUUGAUGAUAUGGGAUCUUCUAUUACUUUCCAUAUAAACACACCAAAGUGCUUUCUGCUGAUCGUAUCUGGUCUUCUAUUGCUUGUCACACCAAAGUGCUUUCUGCUGAUCGUAUCUGGUCUUCUAUUGCUUGUCACACCAAAGUGCUUUCUGCUAAUCGUAUCUGGUCUUCUUUUGCUUGUCACACCAAAGUGCUUUCUGCUGAUCGUAUCUGGUCUUCUAUUGCUUGUCACACCAAAGUGCUUUCUGCUGAUCGUAUCUGGUCUUCUAUUUCUUGUCACACCAAAGUGCUUUCUGCUGAUGAUAUCUGAUAUUCUAUUGUUCAUCAUAUAAACACAUCAAAUUGCUGGUUACUGAAAACAACUGUCAAAUUAGUAUUUGAAUUUUUUGUUUAAUUACUAGUUGGUUUUCAUAUAGUGAAUGCUCCCCCCCUCCCUACCCUGUACAUUCAACAAGAAGUUUUGUGUGUCAGCUGUUAGGGUGAUUUGUACUCCAUUAGAACUCCUGUGUUGUGAUGCUACAAGACUUACUUGGGUAAAAUUUAAUUUGCGUUUGUAAGUCUCUUAAAGAUACAGCACACUAAAUUUUUUUCUUUCAUUAGCACAAAAAGUUUCAAAAAUUGUUUAUAGUCAUAAACAUUCUGGUAAAAGUAUAGAUGUAACAUUUAUUUAUGAAGAUGUGUUUUUAGUGGUUAAUGUCUAUACAGAUAUUUUCACAUCUGUGUGUUGUGUAUUUUCUAAAAGAGAGUAUUUGUAUAAUAACAAAUUGUUGAUGUAUUUUUUGAAACUAGAUUUACAAGAAGAUAACCAUUAAUAUGUUAAUGUUCAUGAAAAGUUUUUCUGUUUAUUGACAUUAUUGUAAACGAUUGAAACGUGAUAUUCUCUGAUACAUUUUAAAAAUGUUUUGUGUAUACACGUUGUUUUGAAUAGUCAGUUUGUUGUCAUAUUUCAGUCAUAAACAAGUUUCUUACAAGUUUAAGAAGUUUCUAGAAAUAUGAAACAUGUAAAACAUCAAACAAAUUAUUUUUAUCAAAUGCACAUUCUUGUUUUCCUGGGAUUAAUGCAAUACAAGUAAGGUGUAAAUCAUUUAUGUUCAAGACCAGUUUAAAUAAAUAAUAUAUUUUAUGACUGAAAGAUUACAGAAUGCAGUGUUUUGUAGAAGAUAGUAUAUAUAUGUGUUUGAAAGGCAUUACAUAGAUACAACAUUUUGUUGUGUAGCAGUGUAUGAAGAGUGCUAUAAUUCAUAUUUGGAGAGUAAGUGAAUCAGAACUGAACAGAAAACUGAGAUAUGGAGACUAGGUAUGGAGAUCAGAAGCACCCAGUGUAUUUAAUAUUUGUGUCUCAGUUUUGUCUGAUAUAACUCAUGAAAAUAGUUUACUGGUAGAAUUAGUGUUAGUAGUAGUAAAAGGAAAUGUCCUUUAGAAAAAAAUAUUUUAAAUUAUAUCUGUUAUAUCAGAAAAAUGAAUCAUCACAAAAUCAAACUUUUUAACCCAAGCCUUUUCAGAAAGGAUUUUCCCUUUUUUUGGUUUGGAUUAGAAAUAUUUAACUGAAAAAAGGAGGACCAUUUUUUUGUGGGUUACAGGGUCUUACUUAAUUCUUUCUUUUUUAUAGUA